AUGGACUUCUUCGGCCGAAGGUGCAAGGCCGAUGUGCAGCACUACGGGCGCUUCACCGUUCUUUGUUGGUGGUGUACAGCUCUAGGCUCUGGCAUCCUUUUCACCUACCCGGAGAUUGCUACCAUUGCUGGCGUGCAGGGACUCGUUGUCUACAGUCUCGCGUCUGCUCUUCCUCUGUUGGUGUUUGCCUACCUCGGCCCCAUCAUCAGAAGGAAAUGUCCGGAAGGAUUCGUCCUGACAGAAUGGACGCGCCAACGUUACGGCGCAGUUGCCGCUCUUUACCUCUCCGCUUUGACCCUGAUCACAAUAUUUCUCUAUAUGGUGGCCGAGCUUUCAGCACUUCAGCAAAUCGUCAAUGCCCUGACAGGCCUCAAUGGCCUUCCUGCCGUGAUCGUGGAAUGCGCAGUCACCACCAUGUACACGUCGGUGGGUGGAUUUCGGGUCUCCUUCAUCACCGACAACAUCCAAGGAGCCAUGGUGCUCGCGCUCAUCAUCAUUGCUUGUAUCACGGUUGGCGUCAAGACUGAAAUCCAUCACGACAUGAUCGAUCGCAGCGGGUAUUUGGAUGCAAGUCUCUUGGGGUGGCAGCUGAUCUACAUUCUGCCAGUGGCAAUCCUGACCAACGACUUCUUCAUUUCCGGAUUCUGGAUGCGAACUUUUGCCGCAAAAACCGACAAAGACCUGUGGGUCGGUGUGGGCAUUGCGACGAUUGCAGUCGCAGUCAUUCUGACUCUUGUCGGCGUCACCGGGUUACUGGCAGGUUGGGCCGGCAUUCUGGGCAAUCCGCCCGAGGAGUCGUCGAUCGCCUUCUUCCUGCUUCUGGAGCAACUUCCGGCGUGGGUUGUUGGCAUUGUUCUCGUCAUGACGAUUUGUCUGUCGACUGCGGCGUUCGAUUCUUUCCAGUCGGCAAUGGUGUCGACCGGGUCGAACGACAUUUUUCGCAACAAGUUGAACUUCUGGUUCAUCCGCGCCGCCGUCGUGGUCAUCAUCUUUCCCGUGGUUGUUGUGGCCUUGAAAUCGCCUUCCGUGCUCCAGAUCUAUCUGAUCUCCGAUCUGAUCUCUGCGUCUAGCAUUCCGUGCUUGCUUAUUGGCCUGUCCGACCGCUUCUACGCCUGGCGCGGGUUCGAAGUCGUUGUCGGUGGGCUUGGCGGGAUCCUCACCGUCUUUCUGUUCGGGUUGGUCUUUUACCACGGUGACACCCAAGCCGCCGGAAACCUCAUCCUACUUGAGGCAGGCCUCUAUGGCAACGACUGGUCGGCGUUCGGUGCCUUCGUGGCGGCCCCCGUCGGAGGUCUACUCUGGGCGCUCGGAGCGUUUGGCUUUCGUAUUGCAGUGCAGUGGUGCAUCGCGAAAUACAAAGGCACCCACUUCGACGCCUUUGAUAAGCCUCCUGCCCCGACCGCUGCUUUCUACACCGGCCAGACUGAGCCUGGUGUUGGUGUGGCCGAUGCAGAAAGGGAGGUGUACAUGGACAACGACGGCGUGGAGAGAAGCGAAGUCCAAGUCAAGGGGAAGUUCUUCUAG